AUGAGCGACAAACUCAGAGCUGAGGCCGGAAGGCCCAGGCGCCAAGAUACAGACGCAGGAACGGAGACCAACAUAGUGCACAACGAGAAGACGGCACGUGCACACCUAAUGAAGAAAAAGUGGAUAGGAAAGGAUACUCUAGUCACGACGAGCCUAAUAGCAGACUACAUGAAGCAAUAUGCAGAAAAAACGACAGCAGGUGCGGAGGUCAAAAACAUGUUGAAUGCCUUCGCCUUUGCUCUAGAAUCCGCAUGCCUGGAACCGGCAGCAGAACAUGUCACAAAAGCGAUAUCGGCAAAGAUCAGCAAAUUGGUAGAAGAGGCAGCGGAGAAGGUCAACAAAGCAACGGAAUCAACAACCAAGCUCCUCGACGCGGUAAGCCUGAAAUACGGCGAGCUAACUAUAGCAGCAAUGGAGGCAACCAAGGGCCUAAAAGAAGGAUUAGCACCCAGGCCGACUGGACAGUCAACAGGCUAUGGCCACCUAGCGACACGCACAACCCCACCAAUCAUCAAUGAAGCGGUAGCCUCCAACAUUGUCAACCUUCGCAAGAGACAGAUAAUGGCCCCAACCCCACCAAAGAUAAAGAAGCAAUCAGGGAUGUACUCAAGGGACGAGGUAAACGCAUAUAAAGAGACACUGAACAACGCGCUAGGAAAGAUGGGAGAGGAAACAAAGGAAUGGCGAGUAGCUGGGGUCAGGUUCACCAGCUCAAACACCACACUUCUCGAGAUGAACUCAAUAACAGCGGCACAAGGGCUGAGAGGCAAAGGGAAAUGGAAGAGGGUGAUGGACUUAGCAUACGGUACAACGGACGAGGAAGUUCAGAUAAUCCCUAGGACAUACCGGCUUACAAUCCGCUUUGCACCAGUCGGAUGGAGCCCUGAAGACGACGAGGCCCUAAGGGCAUUCGAAACCGAAAAUCGUCUUCCCACAAACUCAGUAUAUGCAGCUUCAUGGAUAAAGAACCCCGCCAACCGAUACAAAGGACAGUCAUUUGCCAACGUCAAAAUGACCUGUACACUGCCAGAAGUAGCCAACAGACUAAUCCUUGGCCCAACUCGCAUCAACGACCAUGUAGUCAAAGUCCAGAAGGAACAGGCCUUUAUCCCACUAUGCGCUAAGAACACAGCUCAAGAGAAUGUACAAACAAGCAGAGCACAAUGUGCACCCCAUGCGGGUCGGGAAGCCACAUAUCAGGUGACACAAGAGACAUUGUCUAUGUUCUACUUCACAAACGACAAAUGGUCUUUCGACAGCACCCAGUCCCCACCAUGGAACGCGGAGGCCAAUAUAGCAGGUGAACCAGACAGCGAAGAGGUGCAGGGACCCCAACCAGAGCCAGCAAGCUCCAACCAAGCACCAUCAUACGCCGGAGUUCUACGCAAGUCGAAGAGCACAACCAACCUACACCAGACCACACUCAACUUCGGCGGAACUGCACCAGCCCAAGUCCUCCAGGGAAUGCACAUGCAACUGCCAACAAGCAGCGCGACACCAGCAAACAAGAAGACACCACAAACCAAGAUCACCAACCAAGCCAACCCCAACGCGAAAUCACCUGACGCACAUGGCGAACUCAUCAACACUCUCUCACCAGACGAAUGGGACAUCAUUGCCAUCCAAGAGCCAGCCCUCAACUCAAUCGAAAACAUUCGAGCGACGCAAAACUGGCAAGUGUUCUAUCCAUGUACCAAAGUCACUGACAACCACUCCAAACUACGAGCGGUCACGCUAGUCAAUGUCAAAAUCAGUUAUUGCGAACAAGUUAGAGUCGCAUCAAGCGACAUUGAACCCAAUCGCAUGUAUAUAUACAACAUCUACAAUGACAGUACAAACAAUGACACACUCGAGCAACUAGCCAAGCACCUCGAAGGCCAAAGGCCAAUAGAGAGGCAGACACAAUCGAUAUGGCUCGGCAACUUCAACCGGCACCAUCACAUGUGGGAAGGUCAUGCCAACAGGCACAUCCGCAGCCCAAGGGACAAGAUCACCCCCCUGCUCAACCUCAUCAUCGAGCAUGGCAUGCAACAGCUCCUACCAGCUGGCAUACCCACAAGAAUGGAGAACAGUAGUGAGACAAGACCAGAUAAUGUCUGGGCAUCAGAAGGUAUCGUACGGAGGACAAUAGAGUGCAACACGUGGCUGGAAUGGCGACCUAAUACUACUGAUCACCUACCAAUUGUUACAAUAAUCGAGGCAAGGAUAGAGAGAAGCCAGGAGGAAGCACGUCCAAACUACAAGAGAACGGACUGGGAGAAGUUUCGAGAGGGAGUACAGGCAGGCAUUGAAGGGAUGAACAUGCUAAGUCUAGAGCUAGAGAGCAUUGAAGACAUAGAAGAUGUAGUUGACAAGCUCACAGAGUGCAUGCAAGAGAAUCUGAGGAAGACGACUCCAGUCAGCAAACCAGCAGGAUUCCAGAAGCCAUAG